GUCAGUGCGGGCACUCAAGCGGUUUCUAAAGAUAAAACGGAAAAAGAAAGUAUUCAUCGCCGCUUCUUUUUCACGCGGCGUUUCUCGUAUAGGGUACGAGGAUGCGCUACAUCCCCCAAGGCGACAGAGGGGCGCUCUUUCCUUUUCGACGCACUAGCGCACGGCAGGGAAGCUCCCACAAAGACUUCCCGGGCAGGUGCCGGCGACUAUGGAGCGGCCGGGCGAGGGGACGGCAUGGCCGCCCACAGAGGUGGGUGCGGGAAGCGCCGCUUCAGUCCCCGCGCUGCUAGGCGCGCCGGAGGGCUCGCCACCUUGGCUGCAGCCACCGGACUCAGGCUGGGAACGAGUUCGGGAGCUCUUUUGGCGGAAUGAACAAAAUGAAUACCCAGAAGAAACUAUCAAUAUAAUUAAAGCAACAUUUACAGGGGGUGUUAUUGGCUUGGUCUAUGGAGGUGUGCCUGGAUUUGUAAAUGCCAAAAAGCAGUAUAUUGAGCAGUGUAAAGGAGAAAUCUACCAUAAUCGCCUGGAUGCUGUGCAAUCUAUGCAACGUGUAGCAAUCAGGGGAUUCAUCCGAUAUGGCUGGCGGUGGAGCUGGAGAGUUGCUGCUUUUGUAGCAAUAUUCAACACAGUGAAUACUGGCUUGUCUGUAUAUCGUGAUAAAAGCACCCUUGGUCACUAUACCAUUGCUGGAGCUUGUACUGGAGGCUUGUUCAGAAUGCACUUGGGCUUGAGAGGUCUGGUUGGAGGCAACCUUAUUGGAGGACUCUUGGGUGUCUCUGCAGGAGCAUUAGUAAUGGCACUGCAAAAAGUCGCUGGAGAAACCUUUAUUGAGAGAAGGAAAAGGAAGCAAAGUGAGCUACGUGAGCUUAAGAUGGCAACGUGGAGGGCCACUCUUGAUAUCUCUGAAGAUAUUUCAGAAGGAACAGAAGGUGUCCUGCAGGAAAAAGAUGGUAUCAGAUAAUCUUAGAGAACAGAAAUUCAACUUUAAAAAUUGACUGAAAGCCCUUUGUUACAGGGGAAGAAGUUUGAAUGCCUCUGGAAACAUAAAUAUGUGCAGGUGACAACAGAACUUUAAAAGAUAAAAAAAAAAUAAAGGAGUGUAAAAAUAAUUACUGGAAAUAUUUGUAUUAAACAUACAUGAAUUCUUGGAUGUGGUACUACUGCUCCCUUGAAUAAAAAAAGUAGGAAAUAUUUUCGAAAAGCUAAGGCCACUGUUCAGUUUAGAGCCAACAGCAUAAUUUAGCCUUCGCUGGUGGCAAGAAGUAUUGGGAAUGUGAGGUCACUGGCUAGCCUCACAUUCCCAACACUUCUUACCUGACACAGUUGUCUCAAAUGCCUUUGCUGCUAUUUCUCUUCCCCUGAUACUGCCACCAGUGAUCGUGAGCUAAGUUUGCUCUAUCCCUGCAACUGUUACUUUGGAACUAAUUAUCUCAUUUGGGUGAAUGCUAGAAAAAUGAAUUGUUUCUAUGUCCAAGUAAGCCCAUAUCCAGCUCCAUCUUUACUCUCCCAUUUCAGCAAACAACAGUGAAAUGGAGAUGAAUGAUAAAACGUUUCUCUCAACUGUGAGAUGGGUACUGACAUCUAACUAACCUUAUGUAUAUAGUGAAUGCAUCAACUGAUUUUUUGCCAUAAAUAUGGCAAGGAAGGAAACCACAUACCACAAUUAGAGAUUGUGUGAAUUGGUCCAUGAAGAAUUGUGGUUAUUGAGCAUUUAAACCAUUCUUUGAGCCUAGUUCAGCUGAUCCAAUCAUAUUUUACUUACAAUGAUUUCAAAGAUAAUGUUUUUAGUGUUUAAGAAAUAGUACAUAAAAGUUAAAUUGAAAACUGUUAUAUUACAUGGGUUGCAAUAUAAAAGUCAGCAAUUUAUAUACAUUACACUAAUGUAUGUAUACAGAUCAGGAGGGAGCAGAACUAAAUUGUUUUAUGUUUCCUAUAUAAAUUUAUAACAUUUAUUCAAAGAUUUUUGCCUCAGCAGAUUUUAGUCAAGUGCCAUUUCAUAUACAGUAUUUAAGAAGCCAAUGUGAAAAUGGGAGAUAAGGUAUUAAAAAACAUUUUGGGUAGCAUAAAAAUGCAUUCUUAAGAGAGGUUUGCAGGAAGAUCUAGCUAAUUCAGUCAAAAUGACUGAUGAAAGAAGUCUGUAUUAUGUGAUAGCACUGAAAGAAGGAAUGUUUUUCCCUUCCCCCUUUAUUAAUAACAUGCAUUUUGGCAGGUGAAUUUUAAUGUAGGUGUUUACUUUUUUUGAAGAAGCUUUUUGAAAUAAGAGAAAUACUUGUCUUCAAAAGUGGUAGCACUGAAUAGUCAUGAGCAUGCUAUCUGCUUUUUGUAAUGGCUGGAUGACUUCUGUUCAGCAAAGAAAAAUGGCUGCUUUCAAGCAUGUGUGUGUGUGUGUGUGUGUGUAAUAUAACCAAUAUCUCAUUGUCAUAGUCAAGUAAAUUAGGAUGAAAUUCAAAUUCUUAGCGUUAAUCUGAAUUUUGUGGUACUCCAAAGAUUUAUAAUUGUAUAAGCGGGGCAGAGUUAUUUUCACUGUAAAUGAGGGUCUGAAACAAAUGUUUCUCAGAAAGCUCCGCAGUGAUUUGUCAACUGCCUAAGGUUUAAUGAACAGGGAUUGAUAAGAAACUCUUCUGAGAACAGUCAGUGUCUCCUGAUUGAAUUGUCAACAUUGUUGAUUGGAUGAGACUAUCCAUAAAGGGAAAUACAAAAGUUUAAUGGGAGAAAAAUUAUGGAAUAGAGUUGACAGUUCAAACAGCAAAGCCUUUGAGAAAGUAUCUACAGUGACCAUAUGAAAUCAAGAGCCAUUUUAAAAUAAGACUGGAAUGUGAUAUUUGUUACAAAUCACCUGAAUUAAAAUGUAAGAAUUACUGAGCCUUUUGAGCAAUUUA